AAAUAUCAAAGCAAGCAAAAAGGAAAGCUACCUCUGUUUCACUGUUCUAUCUCAAACUCAAAACAAAACUAAAUUUCCAAAGCCUCUCACCAAGCUUUAAGGGUUUUCCAAGAUUGGGAUAAAACUCAAAAAUCUUAAUUAGGGUUUUAGAGAAAGACAGAGCAACAUGGACCAUGGCCUUCGUCCCAGACAGAGGGAGUUCUUCAUUGGCUUCACAAAGGGCGAGAUGGAGAGAAUGGACAAAUUGGUGAGGGAAUCAGGUGAAGAAGUGCUAGCCAAAGAAUUUUGUCAAAAUUUGGCCAAAAGUUUCAAUCGCUCUGUUGGUCGUGCUGGAAAACCAAUUGUGAAAUGGAUUCAGGUGCAAAAUUGGUUCCAGGAAAGGAUACAAGAGUUUCCAAACAUAUUGAAAGAUCUCCAGGGAGUUUGUCCUUCCACUAAGGCACCUAAAACCAAAGAAAAACCUAAAGUUCAAUCCAAAGCAGAAGAAAAGAUCCCAGAGUCAGAGUUGGAAUUUGAAGCUAGGUCAUCAAAGGAUGGGGCAUGGUAUGAUGUUGACAUGUUCCUGUGUCACCGAGUUGCUAGUGCGGGAGAAACUGAAGUUCGUGUUAGAUUUGUUGGAUUUGGUGCCGAAGAAGAUGAGUGGGUUAACGUAAAAAAAGCAGUGCGAGAGCGCUCUGUGCCCCUAGAGAAUUCAGAAUGUAGUUCAUUGAAGGUUGGAGAUCAUGUCCUCUGCUUACUGGAGAAGAGAGAUCAAGCUAUCUACUAUGAUGCUCAUAUUAUAGAAAUCCAUCGAAGAAUGCAUGAUAUAAGGGGGUGUAGGUGUCUUUUCUUCAUUCGGUAUAAUCAUGACAAUAACGAGGAAAAAGUUCGGUUAAGGAGACUGUGUCGUAGGCCAAUACGGUAGAAGAUGGGCAAUGACUUCUUAGCCGAAUGCAUGGUCACUUCUUUUUUGCGCACGAGCUGUGCGGCACGGAUAGACUAGAUCACGACAUCACUUUGAUCCAGGAUUGAUGAUGGUUGUCUGUGCGUGUUGUAAUGUAACUUAUUUUCUUUGUAUCAGAAUAAUGGUUGAUUAAUAAAAAUAAAUAAGAAAUAGAAGACGAAGGAAAAGAAAGAUCUUGCUUGAUCACA